UAAAUGAGUAUUGUUCUAUUGCCAUAUCUUAUUUGUAAAUUAGAAAUAUAAAAUGAUAACCGAGCAUUGUCAUGAUUUUAAAUGUAUAUUUUUUAUUAUAUUGUCAAAACUGUUGUUGGCAGAAUAGCUAGAACUUGGGAGACACAUGAAUGAAUGCUCUUCUUGUUCAUUUCAACUUCAAGAGGAACUGAAGGCAGUCAUAACUUUCUGGGUUCCUUAGCGAUCUUGUUUCAUUGGGAAACAUGAUUGUCUCUGCUCUGUUAACUUCUCUUGGGAUCAACACUGCCCUCUGUGUGCUGUUCUUCAUUCUGUAUUCCAUAUUGAGGAAACAACCCCGCAAUUAUGAAGUUUAUGUGCCGCGCCUUCUGGCCAAAGGAACUUCUAGGAGGCGAACCCAUUUCAACAUGGAAAGACUAAUACCUUCUCCAGGUUGGGUUGGAAAAGCUUGGAGGCUCUCUGAAGAGGAACUGUUAUCUUUAUCAGGCUUAGACGGUGUUGUGUUUAUGUGCAUUAUAACCUUCAGCUUGAAAAUUUUUACUUUUGCUGGGAUUAUUGGGAUCCUUGUCAUUCUUCCAGUAAAUUGUUGGGGAAGUAACCAACAAGAUUUCGACAUCACCAACUUCGCCAAUAACUCCUUGGAUGUGUUCACCAUAUCAAAUGUAAACAGUGGCUCUAACUGGUUGUGGGUCCACUUCUCUGCUAUAUAUCUUGUCACUGGAUUCAUUUGCUUGCUACUGUUUUAUGAAUAUAGAUACAUAUCUUCAAGAAGAAUUUCUUUUUUUUAUUCAUCCAAACCUCAGCCUCAUCAGUUUACCAUUUUGGCCCGCAGCACUCCUACUUACCCCGGUUGCAGCAUCAGUGAUAGUGUUGAGAACUUCUUUAAAGACCUUUAUCCUUCUAUAUACCUGUCACAUGUGGUUGUUCACCGCACAAGUAAAAUCCGGACACUCUUGAAUGAAUCCAAACAAUUAUAUAAAAGGAUUACUCGGUUACAGUCGGAUUCAGAUCCCACUCUACCACAGCAUAAUUGUUGUGGCAUUUUUGGACUUUGUGGACGGAAAAGUAAUCUCCGAGAGCGUUACGAAAAGAAGUUAGAGGACAUUGAGGAGAAUGUAAGGUUGAAGCAGUCAGAGGUUUUAUUGGCAGGAGAAGAAGCUCGAGCUGCCUUUGUGUUCUUCAAAACUCGUUUUGGAGCUGCAACUGCUUCCAGUUUGCAGCAGUCCAUCAAUCCCACCCUGUGGAAUACUGAACUAGCUCCAGAACCUCAUGAUGUUUACUGGCCUUUCUUUUCCGAGUCGUUCAUGCAAAGAUGGAUUUCUAAGCUGGUCGUUGUAGCUGCAAGUAUUCUUUUCACCAUUUUAUUCCUUAUACCUGUUGUGUUUGUGCAAGGGCUUACCAACCUUAGUCAACUGGAAGUUUUAUUUCCCUUCUUGACUACUAUUCUGACAAUAAAAUUUGUGAGUCAAGUGAUUACUGGAUACCUUCCCAGCCUUAUUCUCCAGUUGUUUCUGAAAUUAGUGCCACCUGUUAUGGAGUUCCUUUCCGCCAUUCAAGGACACAUCUCGCAUAGUUCUAUUGAAUUGAGUGCAACUAAGAAAGUUCUGUGGUUCACAAUAUGGAAUGUGUUUUUUGCAACUGUGUUUUCUGGGUCAGUUCUAUCUAUGCUGUCUAUUUUGCUUGAUCCCAAGGGCAUUCCUUCAAAGCUGGCUGCUGCAGUUCCUGCGCAGGCAUCAUUUUUCAUUGCUUAUGUUGUCACAACAGGAUGGACAAGUGUGUCAUCAGAACUAUUCCGUAUAAUCCCUCUGAUUUUCAGUUUAAUAAGAAGGCCUUUCACAAGUCCAAGUGAUGAAUUCGAAGAAGUCCCAUCUAUUCCAUACCACAGGGAUGUUCCAAGGAUCCUUUUCUUUGGACUUCUUGGCAUUAUCUAUUUCUUUCUGGCUCCACUGAUUUUACCAUUCCUAUUGGCCUAUCUGUGCCUGGCAUACAUCGUGUUCCGCAACCAGUUUAUGAAUGUAUAUGCACCAAAGUAUGAAACUGCUGGGAAAUGUUGGCCAAUUGUGCACAAUUCAAUGAUAUUUUCAAUGGUACUCAUGCACAUCAUUGCAGUGGGAAUCUUUGCACUGAAAAGACUUCCCCUAGCAUCCACCUUGGUUGUUCCUCUUAGCUGGGUUUGUGUUAUAUUUAUGGCCAUAUUGUUGUCAGAAAACAGCAUAACUGAAUCAAUGUGGAUGUUGACGAAUUUAACGUGUCCAAUGAUCCACACUAUUUCAUAUAAGGCAUUAGCCAUGGCGUGGCACUCAGAUUUUGUGGAGCAACGAUGUGUAAAAGAGUCGAUAAUACACAUAUCUCGUUUACACUAUAAACGAGAUAAGAUACGUUUGUUAGACAAAGAAAUUGGGUGCACACGAGGCACGUGUCGAAGCAGGGUUUCAACAUAUCUCCUUUACAAUGUAAACGAGAUACGUUUUUUGUCUAAGUUGAAGAGCCUAAUAUUGACGAGUUUGAAUGCUAAUGGAACAAAGGAAGUUAGAAGAGUUAGGUAUAUGUUGUUUGCACCGAUGGAGAGUAGAGUAUUUCGGUUUCGUGUUUUUUGGUUGGAUGACGAUGUGCAUGUGAGAUUGAUGUUUGAUGUACAUGGAAAAAUCAUAGCCCAACAAGUGAUGGAGCUUUUUGCGAAGGUUGGUGACGUAGGUGGUGAUAGUUCUAGACACUCAAAUUUUGUCCAAGAUGACCCACCUCUUGCACCACCACCUCUACAUUGUGCUAAUCCAAACAUAAGAUUGUUGCAUGUUGCAUUCAAUCCAUUAGUUAUGAUUGCGAUUUGUGUUCAUGUUAAGCAGAGUUUGAUAAAGAGGGAUAGGGAAGACGAGAACGAUGCCACAAUGAGCGUGUUUUAUGACGGAUUGGUAAACGCUUACAAAGACCCUGCGUUACUUCCAACUCAGUACUCAUCAAACAGUGGCGAUCUUCGCAGUGCCCUUAUAUCGGAAGCUUAAUGCCGAGCCACAAUAUUUUCGUAGUAUCUUAUAGUGGUUCAUUUGUGUUUAUUCGUCCCCUCAUUCAUGUUUCAAGAGCUAAGGAAUGCAUUUGUUUGUGAUGCUUUUGUGUGCAGAUAGAGAACACUCGAAUUUGAAUAUAGCCGUUUUGUCUCUGUGCA